AUGCUGUCUUCAUUAGCAGCUGCCGCUCUUUUCACUGCCCUAGCACAGGCAGAUAACACACAACACACUCUUUCCAUCCAACAAGACGCUCCUUCAAAUGCCACAGCAGUCCCUGCAGACUUUUUCAGCUUCAGUUGGGAAACCGCCUAUCUCCCCAGCUUCGACAAUGACUUCUCGGAAAACAUUAUAAACUCCAUAUACGCUCGCAUGAGCAAACCCAUCAUUAUUCGCGUCGGUGGCACUAGCGGUGACUUGAUCCAAGUGGACCUCGACCAAGAUGAGACUAGACGUUGUGUAUCAGGACCAUCGUGCCCGUAUUCUAGCCAGGAUACCUGGAGCGUGGGAAAGAGCUACUUCGACGGAUUCCGACGCUUCCAAAAUGCUACCAUGACCUUCCAGGCUCCUAUGACGCCAGUCGACCCCGAGGAUAACUGGCUUCCCAAUUCGAUGGAGUAUGUCCGUCAAGCAUACAAUGCGCUUGGAAAAGAGCGUGUGAAUGCUAUUGCUCUUGGGAACGAGCCAGACUAUUACUCGUACGGCGUUGAGCAGUAUGUUGAGCGGGCGUUGAAGGUCGAGAAUCAGACCAUUGAGAUGUUGGGAUUGGAAGGCGAGGACAGACGAAUCUUUGAGCUCGGUGAUAUUGGGUGGACAGUCCUCAAGCAGCGAGGAGAUGACUUUGGCCUACACAAGGUCUUCACCAAUGACCUUAAUGCAAACGGUUACGGCAAGUAUGCUGCUCAGCAUUACUACCAAACCGAUGUCGGAGGCCCAUAUGACAACGAUGCGUUGCAAGAUCGACUCAUGAACCAUCACGCUAUCGCCGAUCGCUUCCCCCAAAUCCAAAAGGGCAUCGAAUAUGUCCACCAAGAAGACAGCAAGAUCGACUUUGUCAUCUCAGAGCUCGGAGCCGCCUUAGGUGUCCCCCCUGUAAGCUGGGCCGGGGGCUUAGGCGCUGGCUUGUGGGCCGUUGAUUUGCACCUGACGGCAAUGUCGCGUGGAGUGAAGCGUGUAUCCAACAACAUGUUCGAAGACGCACCCGAUUCUUUCUGGAUUCCCAAUGAUGAGGGUCAGUUCACGACCGGUCCUUCUGUGCAGGGUAUCUUCCCCUCCGCAGCAUUCAUUACCGACUUUGUUGGCAAAGGAGAUUCACUGGGCAAGGUUGUGGAGGUCGAUGUACCAGGCCAGCCACAGGAUUUCAGUGCAUUUGCCAUGUACGAUCUCCAGAGCGAGGAAUUGGCCCGUGUCGCUCUGGUCAAUAUGAAGGUGUGGAAUGAGAACUCGAACCAGACUCGUGGCAAUGCCUCUGUUACGCUCAACGUGGGGAAUGGUGUCGAGUCUGUCACGGUCAAGAGACUCCACUCUGACAAAGGAUCUGCCGGUGUUGGAUUUGACCAAGGUGGCCCUGAACAUAAUGUGACUUGGGCUGGAGAGCAGUGGUCUUUCAAGAUCGACGAGGGCAAGGGGCACUUCCCCACGGGCGAGUCGGUUCAGGAGACUGUUGCCGUCAUGAAUGGCCAAAUCACAGUCACGGUCCCUGAUACAGAGGCUGUCAUUAUUUACAUCAAGGGUGGUCUGUUGGGAUUCUUGGAGCAAGCAUUUUCAGCUUGA